AGCUCACAGCAAGGUGCUCGUCAAUCCAACAGCAAAACUUUACGUCGAGUUAUCACGAUGCGUUACUGCGUGGCCGCUCUGUGGCUGUCCGCACUGACCACCCUCGCGGUGGCGGCGGCCGACGACGCCCACCACGAGCCGGCGCCGGCACAGACUGACAACGAAAUAGAAUUAAGCGAAGAGGAAAAGCGCGCCUGGUCCAGUCUGCACGGCGGCUGGGGCAAGCGAGGCUGGCAGGAUAUGAGCUCCGCCUGGGGCAAGCGCGCGUGGCAAGACCUCAACUCCGCAUGGGGCAAGCGGGGCUGGAAUGACAUGAGCUCAGCCUGGGGCAAGCGAGCAUGGCAAGACCUCAACUCCGCCUGGGGCAAACGUGCAUGGAGGGACAUGUCACAGUCUCCUUGGGGUAAACGCGGCUGGCAAGAUAUGAGCUCUGCCUGGGGUAAGCGAGGCUGGAAUGACAUGAGCUCUGCCUGGGGCAAGCGAGGCUGGAAUGACAUGAGCUCCGCCUGGGGAAAACGUGGCUGGAAUGACAUGAGCUCCGCGUGGGGCAAGCGAGGCUGGAACGACAUGAGCUCUGCCUGGGGCAAGCGAGGACCUGAAAAGUGGGCCAACUUCCACGGAUCUUGGGGCAAGCGCACCGCGGAGCCAGACUACGAAGAGAUUGAUGCGGCUAUUGAACAACUGAUCCCCAUCCAACAGCUGUCGGACAGCGAGCGAAUGGAAGCGCCGGAGAAGAAGGCGUGGUCAGCACUGCACGGCGCGUGGGGCAAGCGACCUGUCAAGCAGGCCCAGUACAACAGCGGAUCGUAUUACUGGAAGCGAGAGCCAGCCUGGACUAACCUAAGAGGCAUGUGGGGCAAGCGCUCACCGCAGGUGGACGCGGACGCGGUAGACGAUGACCACGAGAGCAGUGCGCGGGACGAGGCCUAGACUACUGGAAACUGUAUCAUAUUAUAUAACUAAAUAAAACUAAUAUUGCAUAACAACUGUCAUAUCUUAGGUACAUCUGUCUGUCCACGUCACUGUGUCUAGCGUGUCUUCAUGUAACAGUGCUUCAUAGGUCUCUUCAUCAACUAUAACGCUUGUUACAACAUGUCCUACUACUGUUCCAUAAUAUUCAUUGUUAUUAUUGUAUACAUUGUUUUGUUAAAUUGUUAUCACAACUUGCUGAGUGUUGAAAUAUUUGUUUUGCUCUGUGGUACCACUUGAAUGUUUGUAUUUCCAGAAAAUGAAAUAUGCGCGCCAUUUUACUUGACAGCUUAUUUUAUUAAUUGUAAGACCACAGAGUAUAUAUGUAUAUCGACGUGUAAUCCGUUUCACUUCCAACCAGUGAGACGCAUUCCCGUCGACGGUGGAGUUCCUACCGCUUGCUACACUCGUGGCACGUGCCCCAGCACCGCGGGACGGCGAGACGCUACUCGUAUUUGUUAGCUUCACAUUUGUUGCGAUGUGCAAUGUUACGUUUCAUUCCGCGUUAAAUGUUUAUGAGCAGUUGAGGAGUCCCGCGCUCCGCUACCAGAUAAUACUCGUACAAAAUGUAGUCGUUACUAUGUCACCUUCUAGUGUAAACGAGAUUUUUAUCAAAUAUAUUUACAUUAAGACAUUUAUUUUUACGACGUUUAAUAUAUUGUGUGUGGGGCGGCCGGCGCUGUGCCGGCUGCCACUGCUCGUUACUCUAGGUGUCGUCAUGGUAACUGUAUGUACUGCUAGUUAGUUAAUUAAUUGUAUUUUACUAGUCAAGUUGAUGUACAUUGUACUAUACGGCUUCACGAGAAGUUCACGUUUGUCCAAUAAAAGUUUAUUCGGAA